CACAGGACCGGUCUACGGAGUACUGUGGAAGUAUUAGCCUGUUGAGCGGUUGGUGACUCUUACCGGAUCGAUUCAACCAUGCGCCAUGAGCAAGCGUUCGUUCGAAGAGUCAUUGUCCAGAGGUGGCUCGCAGCCGCCGGAACAUAUCGAUAACGCGCAGAACAGAUCAUUGCCGAUUAACGACCUCCUCUCGCCCAGUCAGGAGCAGUAUUCGUCGUCGCAGGGCAAGAGACCGCGCAACUUCAUCGCCACAGUGGCGUGUGAAACAUGUCGGCUGAAGAAGACCCGGUGCGACGAAUCGCGCCCAAAGUGCGGACUGUGUAAGGCACUGGGUCUGGAAUGCGUCUACAAUGAGCGCAAGUCCUCCAAGCGGGAUCACUCGCUCAGCUUGAUUAUGAGCACGCUCCAUCGGCUGGAGACUAAGCUGGAGAACAUCCCGUCGGCGAUCACGAAGGAUGUCCGGUCCCUACAGGGCCAGCUGGGCCGUGGUCUCGAUCAUCCGUCAGAAGGGAACACCCCGAGACCGGGCACGACUCAUGGCGUCGGCAAGCCGCCGACACCUGCGCCAAAUGACCUGGCGCAGGGUCUCACGCCGGACGAAGCGGAACCGGAUGACUUUGAAUUCGACGAGCAGGCCCAUGUGCCCAAUCCCAACGGACAGGUAUCCAUCUCCUUCAGCCAGCAUGGUGUGAUUCUCUGGCCGGGGGCUCGCUCGAUCCUUCCGCAGGUGCUUCUCGAAGCCCACGAGAGGCUGGGGAAGAAUUAUGUCAUUGAUCUGGAGAUGAAACGGCCCCAGCUGAUGAUGUACACGACGCCCUUUCCGGUGCAGGCGGGAGAAGACUGGCUCGAGGCCCUGCCGCUGGCUAUGAUCAAGGGGCUCUCGGAUGCCUUCUUCGCGACGUUCAACCCGUUUACCCCGAUUAUGGACAAGAAUUUCUACUUCACGUUUACGCUAGGCGCCGCCAUUGGGAGUGGGUUUGGGUUCACGAUGGAGAGUUGCCUCGUCCUCAACGUCCUGGCUUUGGGCUGUCUGGCGGUCCAGGCCCACCGCGAAGGGAACUACCCGCUGCCCGGGACACGAAGCGGGCGAUUCGAACCCCCCGAAUGGAUGGACGUGAUUCAUGAAGACCCUCCCGGGCUACGAUUCUUCAAUGAAGCUCGCCGGCGCAUCGGGUUUCUCAUGUGUCACAAUGAUAUCCAGAGUUGCCAGUUCUACCUCUUAUCUUCUGUAUACUAUACCCAAAUCCUUCGACCCAUGGACUCGUGGGCGAUGCUUCACCGCGCCGCCACGUCUUGUCUUUCAAUGCUGACCAAUCACGAUGUCAACUUCAACGAGUGGGAAGGCGACAUGAAGUCUCGCGUAUAUUGGAACUGCCUGAUGAACGAGACGAUCCUAGUCCAAGAAUUGCACCUCCCCCCAAGCGGACUCGCCCGACUCGAAGAGUUCGUGCCUAUUCCCAAGUUCAUCAGCUUCGAGACCGUCGGCUUCGUAUCCACCCGAUCAUCGUCGUCUUCCGAUGAAGUCGACGAUUCCUACUUCCAGUACCACUUUCUCGCGCAGGUCGCACACCGCAUCAUCCUCACUCGAAUCCGCCACUCACUGUAUUUCUACUCCGACACCGGAACCUUCCCCCUCCCCGCCAUCAACGCCGAACUCCACCACCAACUCGAUCAAUGGCGCCUCAACCUCCCCUCCGUCCUCCAAUUCCCCGACACCCUCCCCACGACUCCAGCCGCCCACCACCACCGCCCCCUAACCCCAGCAACAGCCAUCUCCGAAGCAAUGCUCCGCGGCCGCUACAUGAUCGCCAAGUUCCACAUCGGCCGACCCUACCUCUACAAAGCGCUGCGCAUCCCACAAUGCAUCUCCGACGAAGACCUCGAGCAGAUGCGCAUCGGGCUGCGAAACGCCAUGAAUUGGCCUAUCGUGGGGGGAAUCUUCCACUCCAUGAAGAGCUGCAUUCCGAUCAAGUUCGCUUUUUGUUCGCAGUUCUUCGGUCAAAUCCUCCUCUUCUACUGUAUAUCGCACUCCCACGAUGCGCGCCUGCGGAGCACGCUACCCACCGGCUGGGAGCAGUGGAGUCAAGAGAUGAUGCAGUUCCUGGAAGAUUGCGCGCCUUAUAGUCCGGCUGUGGCGCAGGAUUUGGAACUGUUGCGGCUUUUGUAGUGGAUUUGUGGGUAUGGUAGAUAGAUACCUAGUCUGCCAAAGUGAGGUUGACUAUCGGGCUGACUUGCUCUGGUCAAGUGAGAAGUGUACGAAUAUUGCUAUCAACUAGUCCAUGGUG